GGAAGAUCGUUCAGUGAUUCAACUGAAUAAAUUAUUGAUUACCCCAAGACUGGAAUAACCUGACAGGAGGAUAAAUAGACUUGGAAACUGAAUCAUCCUUCAUGGAGUCACUUGCCGUCGAGAAACUUGCGCAUCUUUUCAGCGUAAUCAACCGGGGACAGGACCUUGGGCACCUUCCCGGCGUAGUUUUGAUUCGCUGCUGCUCCCGCGUAGAACCCCAGAGCGAACAUGCCCAGAAAUUUCGCCAGUCCCACAAUCAUUUUGAAAAGACUAAGCAGAAACGACUAAUGCUCAGGCAUCUCAGUACCGAUUUUAUAUGUCAUAAAAGCAAUGAUUAAUCCCAGAAAGUGAAAACCGCAGGAAAACCUGUCACGGUCUCAAGUUUAUCGUGAACCUUGAAAUGAUCGAACCUGACUGGCGAAUGUGAAUUGAAUUUCAUCCGAACAAUGCCUUCCCAAGUUCCCAUGAAGCACCGCAGGAUUUCCAGGCUACUUAAAACUAUAGUAAUUAAGGGAUACUCAUGAGGGACACCUAUUCUACUACAGUAGUUCGAAGCUAACAGCGACCGACCAGAUUUUCCACCCGGCGUUGCCAGGAUGCAGAUCAUUAUCAUCAUCGCGGGGGAGACGCGUGUGAGAGAUGAUCUCCGCGGAUUGUCAUUCGAGUCUUGACUUUUGACGAAGGAAGUUGUAGGUUACACUGGCCGAGGACUUAUUCAUUAAACCUUAUUCUAUAUCAUCAUCAUCAUCACAUUUUAUAGCUCUUCCAGAAACAUCUUCGCAUAUAAGCAAGAUGAAAGAAGAAGAAGAAGAAAAAACCCUGUUGAGGUCGGCGAAGGGCUCAGGAAAUGGCCGACAAGGACUUGGCAUCCCAUACCGCGGUGACCUUGACUUCAGGCGGGGAUACGCGUAUCCUACUUCCCGGAAUUAAUCAUUUACUCUCCAUUACAGUUAUUCUUUUAAUUAAUUAAUGAAAAAUUUACUCAAUGCAGCACAGCUCGGUGGCAAGCAAGAGCGAGAACAAUAUUCGCGAAGAUGGCGUCCUGCCUUCGAUGCAUGUUUCAGCUGACGAUACCUGGUCUGAUAUUCUACGCGGGUGUUCUGGCUGCGCAGCGGUCUGUAGUGCCACCAGGUGUGCCUACACCCGCUGAAAUUUACAAGGAUGUCACUGGCGAGGAAAUGCCGACUGUGAGCCCCACUGAAGUGUGGGAGGCUGCCUCAGGUACUGCGUCGUCGGACGAAAAUGCGUCCGAAACCAAUAAAAGCAUCUCUCAUGGGUCCAUUGGAUCCCAGACAAAGGAAUUGAAUUGUGCAGCCAUCAGAAUGCAAGUUUUGAAUAAGAACUCAAGCUCUUCUUCAGAGGAGUUCCUUCUCAUUGCCCAGUUCAUCAAUUGGCUGCUAAUUCAAUAUAAUCGGUUGAACAACCCGUGGCCCUUGGCUGUUGUUGCUGUUGCUGCGGGCGACUGCCUGCCGCACCUUGCCGCUGCUGUGGCUCUGGCUGCAGUGGAAGCGGAAUUGUCGGAUCCACAAAUCGCACCCACCAGCGGCGCACAGCAGGAUUGUACGUUAGCAAUGUUAGAUGAUUAA